AUGGAAGAGAAGGAGAAGAAUGACACGUGGCAAUGCCUGCGUCGCUUUGGCAAGCGCAAGGACAAGAACACCUGGGCAUCCAACCUGGCUACCCCGUGCUCUGCUUGGAUUUUCCUCUUCCUUGUGGUGCUCCUGUCUUGUCUGGCCACCUACGUGUUCAGUCUCUUCGUUUUCUGGGCAGAUGGUACGAGCACCAAUUUUUUUGUGGGCCUUCUCUACAUCGUGGCCAACGCCUUCUGCUUGUGGAGCAUCAUUGAGUUCUUUCUAACCACCGUUUCCUUCCAUGCGAUUCGACUGAUCCUGGGCAUGCCUCGUCUUCCUCGGAAAGACUUUAGCCGAGGCCUACCUUCGAGUGCUCGUACUGUGCUCUCUUACUGCUUGCUGUCAAGGCAACAGGAGAGUUCUGAGGAGUGCUUUAAGACGGCCUGCGACGCGCAUUUGGCCAACCUGGACUCCAACAACCUCAUCACCACGGCAGUUGUCAGCGUUUCCAGCGAUCUGCCCGUCGUUCAGUGUGAGAUGGACUGCAGAGAUAGAUGUCGGAAGAAGAUCGUGGAGACUCUCAUGGAUGAGUUGAAGGUUCUGCUCCAGGUCUUUCCACAGGGCUUUCAGAGGCGAGAGGAAGAGACCCUCCAAAUGCGGCGAGGAUCGAUGCACCAAGCACUGGAGACCGUCAGCAAGGGCUCCACGGAACGCGUGGACUACUGGUUGCAGUGUGUGGAUGCUGCGUGGGCUGCUGCACGUGGUGAUGAGGAAUCUUACCGUGCAGAUCUUCUGCAACGUGUGGAUGAUGCAGCCCAGCAUUUCAUUUAUCUCCACAGGAACUGCCGCAUCCUCAAAAAGCCUGGACAAUAUCAAGACUUGAUGGUCUUGGCAUCAACCGGCAUGAAUGAGGCCUUUACCUACCUCCGUGAAGACUAUGGGCAGCUGGGACGGCCUGCGGGAUCUGCUUGCUUUGGCUUUGCAGCCAACGUGACGAAGCCGCAAGAGAUGUCGCCAGAAGAUUUUGCCGCAGCUACUCAUGCUCUUGCAGAGCGCGGUCAAGAGGACAUUGCCUUGCUUACAGGCUAUGGUUCGAACCCAGACACCCGUUAUCACUACACCAUGGUCUUGGAUUCUGACACAGUUUGCCCUGCCAAGAGCAUCCGCAAAUUGUUGGAAACUGCAGAGCAUUCGGCCAACCAGUCGUAUGGCAUCAUCAAUGCAAAUCUUGCCAACGAUUAUUCAGCAGAUGAUAGCUGCACCAUGCACAUGUGGAGGAAUGCCUUGAUGGAGGUGUCCACUGUGAACCUUCAGCGUGGACAGUUUUGGAUCUUCAACCGAGUCGGCUUCUAUGGUAAAGGCCUUGUACGCAAUGACCUCUACAUCACUCGGCUUAUUGGGAGACCAGGUAGCGUUAUGGAGGCUUUGCCUAUUGACAUCUUGAGUCAUGAUACCGUGGAAGCCAAGCUGCUGCAGCCAGCCAUUGAUGCUGACGUGACCCUGUAUGAGGAUGUUGCAAGGAAUCCAAUCAGUGCUAUGUCGCAAUCCACACGUUGGAUGUUGGGCGAGGUGCGAAACUGUUGCUACGAAAAAUCGGGAAUCUAUACGCCCGUGGUACAGGGCCUCUCAAGUCUGUACAGCCUUUGCACCAAGUGGGAACUGCCACAGCAGCGCUUUGUUCGAUGGAAGGAGGUACCUUGCGCUACAGCUGCAGAGUACUUGUCUCACACGGGCUUCCGUCUCUUCCAUGCAGGCCCUGGGAUCUUGCUGAUCAACCUGUGCUCCACGGUACUGGCGGCCAAUCACUGGGCCCUACAGCUGGUGAUUUUGCCCAUCAUUGGCUUGAGCGCAUUGCUCUUCACUGUUUUGGCCCUGUUCAUCAUCCCAAAGGGUUUCCUGAUCCUUGACAAGUUGCCCUCUCUGCGUUUGGGACGCAUUUGCCUCUUGAGCUCCAAAGCUUCAAAAAUCGGCGAUGGCACGUUCCACAACAAGGAGAUGGCUGACGUGCCCACCUCUUCCUUCCUCAUGUCCAAACGAGAUUCUGACACUGAGUCUGGGUCAGAGCCCUCGCGGACAGAGACACCAAGCCCACGAGAGCGACUUGGUCGUUGCUCCGUUCUCACGCGGCAGCUUGCUUUGUCCGUUAUAGAGAUUAUUCUGUCUAUCCUCCUGUACAGCCCUGAACUGAUUCUGGGCGUUCUGCGAAUGGUUCGUGCCACUUGGGCACAAGCCACCGGCUCUGCCAAUUGGAAACCUCAGGAUCAAGUAGAACGGGAGGUCGAGACCAAUCUGUCGCUGUGGUACGUUUUCAAGCAGACCUGGGUGGUCUUCAUGUGCGGUGUAGCCUACUUGGCCUACAUCGUGGCUUGCCGAGUGGCUGAUCCAUUGGUUCUCCUGAUUGUGGUUCCAUGGAUUCUCUAUCCGAUCUCAACCUAUGUGAUGUGCCUCAGAGUGCCUGUCUCCAUGAAGGAUGGCUUCCUGUGGACUUGGGCUCCUUGGCGAAAAUGUGGACUGUCGAAAGCAGAGGAGGAAAGCAUCCUCAAGCGCCGAGCAAAUGCUUUUUACAGUGACUUGUUCGGCCGUUCGGCGGCCUACGAUGAUCCUGAGGCGACGAUGCUGUCAGCCCGUCGAUCGAAGGGACGAGCAACGCAUGAGGAGCAUCUCAUCGUUCAUCAGGACUGGAGCGAUUGCCGGACCGAGCUUCUACCUGGCGCUCGAAAGGGAGGGGAUGCGACGCCCCAAGUCCGGCGCAGUGAGGAGCUACAUCAGGCGCGCAUCUUUGGCGAAGAGAGCGGGAAUUGGAAGAGCCCCAACAAAUUGGAAGCUGUGUCCCAUGACAAUUCGGAGAAGAUCAAGUACAGUGAUGGCAUCAGCACCCGCCAGCUGCACCAGGCGGAGAUCGGUGGGAACAGUCACCUUCACUCUCGCGUCCUCGAAAAGUUCCUUUGUUUUCUGAGGGGAGAGAAACCUGGGAACAGAUGA